UUUUUUUGUUUUUUUUUCCUAUACGCGAUGGUGGUAUUGCGUGAGAGAGAUUACAAAGUGGAAAAAAUUAUCCUAUAUAGUUCCAAAAUCAACGCAAAGCCCGUAUACACAAUCAUCCAUAAUACACCCGCAGAUCAACGCGGCGCCGGCACGAAAAAGGCACAUUUUCAAGCCACACAUAAUGCUCUUAUAAUAAAUGGCAUAACAGCGUAUGAGCGCGCAACGUAACACAAACGCAGAGUCAGUUCACGCGAGCGCAACCGUACGGGAUCUCAGGCGAAUCGGCUGAGCAUCGCGCGCGCACCAUAUUCAUAUGGGGGGCAGUUAGGCGAAAGGCUCGAAAACGCUCCUGCGCACGUGUGAUGCGAGCGAACAACGCUUUAAAAAGCUGCGCGGAGGAAGGGGCCGGAGGAGAAAGAAAGAGCAGCUCGCGGCUAUGUCCAAGGAGUCGCUUUGAUACGCCAGUCAGUCGGUUCGCGUUGCGCGCAUUGCAGCCACAUAGUAUAAGGUAUAGCUAUCACGAGUCCGUGCGGUAUCGCGCUUCUUGCAUUAUACAUCGUUGCAUAUUCUAUAUUGAGAUACGAGGAGGAGUUGGAAAAUUCUUCGUGCUUCGGAGUUUCAUUGUUUCGUUGGGUAUCGCGCACGUUUCGCGGAGUUGAUUUUUUGGACGGGAGCCUCGAGCGCGCUGGAUCAGUUUGGAUUUUGGCUUCGACGCUGCACGACUUGGAGAGCUGUUUGCUUUUUCUCGUAGGAUUUUAUCUUUUCUUUUCCAAACUCGUCUAUGCAGAGGAGGGCGAAAAGUGAGAACGAGAUGAUAAUUAGGCGAUUUCACCAAUGACGAUCGGAGGAUAGAAAGGUCGCGCUAUAGCGCGUGCGCGAAAUGGGAAAGCCGCUGGAUCCAGCCGGUGCAGCUCAACGCUGAAGCGAAGGAGACACAACCCGCCGAUUUUCCGAGCCGAUUCCCGCGCUGCAGUCUCGAGCGCCGGACCGUAGUAGCCUUUGUCGCCUCGAUCCACGAUCGCUGCACGCAGUGCACCUCGAGACUCCGAUAGCUGACAACGAACAAAAAAGAAAUGCUGCUGACUGUCCUGCUGCUGGCGCUGGCCUGUAGUCCGAGUCUGCAGGAGCCGCUGUUCUCCUUCCCGACGGGGCUGGGAACGUCCACGACGACGACGACGACGACGACGACGACGACGACGCCGACGACCAGUGCCUUCAAGUGUCUGCCACAGUUGCCGAGUUUGAAUGAAACCGCCGGCGAAAGACGAGCCGUCUACUACCACGAUCAGAUCGUGGCCGUGGUUGAUGUCCGCGGCGAAAGGAAGCUGGUCUACUGCGAGCUCAUCGAGGUCUACGAGCCAAGCGAAGCCGAACAACUCCUCAGAAAUUUGUCCACAACGUUGAAGCCACAUAGGAUUUCAUUCAAGGAUAUUAUAAAAUUAAUGGACAAAUGUGACAAGUUGGAUGAGAACCCGUCGAGGGCUCUAUCCCUUUCCACUGCAAUAGCUGAGAAAUCGAAAGGAGGCAAUCCCUUACUUGCUGGAAUCGUUCCAGGUACCAAGUGGUGUGGAACUGGGGAUAUAGCAAGAAGUUAUCACGAUCUAGGAUCCAGGACGAGAAUCGACAGAUGCUGUCGGACUCAUGAUCUGUGUCCGGUGAAAAUUCGGGCGUACAAAAGACGAUACAACCUUGUUAACAACUCAUUCUUCAGCAAGUAAGUGUGCCAAACGACUAUAAAACAUUCA